UGUCUCUGUUUUAGGGUUUUUGUUUAGUAUUAAAUGUUGAAAUAACAUUUAAAAAAAAUCUGUUUGUGAAUUUGUUGUGGUAUUACACGUGUAAAUAAAUCACGAUAGAGUGAAUGCAACUUUAAUUGUUUUUUUAUUUUUUAUUUUGUGUGUUUAAGUAAGUGAGAUUGUAUAUUUGUUACUUUAGGAGAAGGCGUUUUUUUUUUAAGCAUUUAGUAUUGCGGGUACUUCAAUAAGCGAUACAAAUGUAUGUAUGCGUGUCACUUUAAGAGUCAGUGUUUUUGUUUUUAUUUGGUGUCCAAUGUGCUCAAAUAGGCGAGACUGCGGUCUGUGUCACUUUAAGAGUCAGUGAUUUCGCUAGGGUAGUUGAUUUGGUUUAGUGUUAACUGUGUUCAAAUAAGUGAGAUUACAGUGCGUGUCACUUUAAGAGUCUGUCUUGGGGUGGCUUCUUGAUAUUAAUAGAGCUGCUGUGUCUUCCUCCUCUGACGUAAUGCCCACAGCCUACAGAGAGACAGGCAGAGAGGUCCUGUCACAGCAAAGCGAUAACACUAGUCUGAAAGAAAAAAAAAUUACAUUUAACGAGCUGCUCUGCUUUGGUUUGCUGUGGCCAGCAUAUCCGCGCUCUGGGCGGCUGAAUAACAUAUAGACCAUCGGAAUAUUGCAGCACCCGAGCCAAACUCACUCACUAAUGAGUCGGUAUUAGUCUAGUUUUAUGUGCCGCCGUGAAGCCUUAACUAUCUCUCCUUCCCUCUCAGACCAAAGAAAAAAAGAGACAGCCAAGACACAGUCACCCCGUCCGACAUCAUCAACAAACAAAAACCCCACAAAGAGACGAACCAGCCAGCCAGCCAAGCCAAGCAGCCACCAUCUUAACGUGCUGCUGAAAGAGACACACACAGAGAGAGAAAAGAGGCUAAUGCUUAUUUUGAUCAACAGGUAAGCAGCACCAAAAGGAACACAACACAAACGCAACACACCAUCCACACGCCAGCCCUCUCUACUUUGGUGCAGUGGCAUUGUUAAAAAAAAAAAAAAAAAAAGAGAGAGAAGAAAGAAGAAGAAAUGCAUCCGCGGUGCACGGUUGGAGUUUGUUGACGGCGAAAUGCAUGCUCUCGGACAAAGUGGGGAGAUGAAAUUUGCUCGUUCUUGAAGGGGGGGAAGCGAUUAGGAGAGCAAAUAUCGCUCAGCUAGCCGUUUGUAGUUUUUACGACGGGCAGCAGUCGGUUUCCGUCUUAUGUAACUAACGGCCUGAGCGGCGUCGGUAAGGAAAGAAGGAUCUGCUGAAUGAGAGGGAGGAAAAGAGCAGCACCGCUUUGAAUUCACAUGGCAAUUUACAUUUAGGUUAGGACACCCAAACGCUACACAAAUACAAAUUGGGGGCUACUGGGGACGGGCUACUGCUUUGAUUUAAAAGACUUGAGUUUGAAGCCAUCAGCACGGGGACGCGGAGUAAGUCGCCUCAAGUGUUUUCUGUUGUGGAGGUGAUCGCGGGCUCUGACAACCGUGACCGAGGACCUAAACCAGAAGUGAAAAAAAAAUAAAAAAAGGGACGGCCCGCAUAAAACUUAUUACACGGAUCUACAACACGCUUGAAUGCUGUAAUGCCCAGCUGGUAAGCAUAAGAAAGGAGCCCGGCGACUGGAAGGUAGCUGAUGCUACUUGCAGUUGGAGACCCUUCCAGGCACGAGUGGAGGAAGCCGAGAGUCCCUCGCUGCGACUUUCUGCUGCCCGUGGGGAGUUGCGUGGACCUCGCGGAGAAAUGGAGGGAUUCUAGUCCCGGUCUGACGCCUCGAUUUCUGCUUUCCAUUACCUUGUGGAGUACUGACGGCCGGUAGCCAAGUCGCGCUGCUGGACGGAACCGUUGCGGCGCGGGGGUCGGGUCGAAAGCCGCUUCAACAGAGCUGAUGCCAAAGCCAGGAGUCAGCCAUGAUGUUUUUAUAACCUGAUGAUCAGCAGAGAGAUGGUGAGGAAGAAGAACCCCCCUAUCCGGAGUGUGGGAGGAGAGGAGGAAGAGGAAGAAGAGGGGAGAAGGCCAGCGGGAGAGGAGGAAGAGGAAGGAGAGGAGGAGGGGAGAGUGGGAGCGGAGGCCGAGCGGAUAAACCGGCCCUCCGAGCCGGAGUCGUCGGAACGCGUCGGGGGCGACGAGGAGGAGGAGGAGGGGGAGAGCGAGUGCAUUUCCUCCUCCGUCUCCCCCUCGUCCGUCGGCGGCGACCGCUACGGCAACGAGGAGCGAGGGGAGAGGAGGAGGGGAGGCCGGGCCAAGCGAGGGGGGCCCGCGCUGACUGACAGGCCCGAGAGCCAGUCGGAGCCCGAGGAUGGGGAGAAGGGGGCAGAGGAAGGGGAGAGGAGCGGCAGGGACAGGGGGGAGGCCGAUCAUCUCGCUCCUCCGCUGCUCUCCGCUCCCCACCUCCGCCCCAGACAGGAAGGGGGGGAGGAGUCGACAACCGACACCCCUCCGCUCUCCUCCAGCCCCUCUCCCAAACUCCAGGACUUCAAGUGCAAUGUGUGCGGCUACGGUUACUAUGGCAACGACCCCGCCGACCUGGUGAAGCACUUUAGGAAGUAUCACCUGGGCCUGCACAACCGCACACGACAGGAUGCUGCCCUCGACACACACAUCCUGGCCCUCCACAACAUGGCUCCCCAGCACACACCUCUCGUUUGUCCUGCUCUUCCUUGUCCUUCAGACAUCCAGGCGGGACAAGGACAGAAGAGCCAAGCCAAAGAGUUGGGGAAGAUCAGAGCAAACAUGCAGAAUCAGCAGCACAGGACGGUCAUGGUGAACGGCACGUACGACGUACAGGUGACGUUGGGUGGCACACUAAUUGGGAUCGGCCGAAAGACCUCUGAUUGCCAGGGCAACACUAAGUACUUUCGUUGCAAAUUCUGCAAUUUCACAUACAUGGGCAGCAAUUCCUUGGAACUUGAACAGCACUUCCUGUCCUCGCACCCGAACAAAGUCAAAACCCCACCGAGCACGCCCCUGCUGGCCACCAACAACCUGCCGGCGCACGACAACAACCAGCUGAAGGGGCGGAGUCCCGUCCUGGACGGGGCGGAGCGGGUCGCGGUGCGGGCGGAGGACGACUCCUUGGUGGGGUACUUCAUCCCGGUCAGGGCGUGCUCCGAUUCGUCGGGCUGGACGGGAGAGGCCGGGCGGGGGGCCGUGCAGGCGUAUUACUGGUGCAAGUUCUGUAGCUGGAGCUGCGAGUGGUCGGGGGGUUCGGCGAAGCUUCUGGAGCACUAUGAACAGAGGCACAGAAUGAGCGCGGGCGGCACCAUGAGCCCCAACAACUCUAAUCCUGGAGGGAUGGAGAGAGAAAGAGGAGGAGGAAGAAGAGAUGGAGGAGACCACAUGGCUGCCAAAAGCCGCAAAGAUCAAUCAUCCAACCCGUCCAGCACCAGCCAAGGAGACCCCAACAGCAGCGACUCAGAAGCGGUCGUGACCAGUUAUAAUUGCCAGUUGUGCGAUUUCCGGUACUCGAUGGCCCACAGCGCGGAUGUGAUCGUGGUGGCGCCGCUGCUGCUGCACUACCAGCACAACCACUCCAUCCACCGCUGCUGCAUCCAGCACUGCAUGUACUGUCCGCAGGGCCUCUGUCAGCCGCAUAAACACCUGGGGGAGGUCUCUCAUCCGUUCGCUUGUCGGAAACCCACCUGCCCUAAAUGCUCCUCAAAGUUCCCUCAGUCCACCAAACAGCAGGACGCCGUUGGUAUGAAACCUGCUGCCGCCUCGUCGCCCAGCAUGACCCCUCCCAAUCCCAGAGGUGACCCUAGUGUGAUUUCUGGUUCGACCUUUCACCCCUCUAACCCUUCUCAUCCUGUUGUCACGCAAGGCGUCACCCACCUGUGUGACCAGUGCGCGUUCGCCACCACCGACAUCGACGUGUUGCUGCAACACUACGAAAGCUGCCACACCCUGAUCAACCUGAAGGGGGCUCCGCCGCAUGUCAAGGCGGAGGAAGAAGCAGGGGGGGACAAGGACGGAGGGAGAGGAGGAGGAGGAGGUGGAGGAGACAGGGAGUACUCGUGUACAAAGUGUCACUUCAUCACGGAAGUGGAAGAGGAGAUUUUUAGACACUACAGGCGUGUCCACGCAUGUUGCCGAUGUCGACGCUGCGACUUCACAGCUCCCGACUCGUCCGCCCUCCUCGACCAUUUCAACUCCGCCCACUGCCAUGACUCCUCUCCAUCAUUAGGCUCCUUGCCCACCUCGCUGACACCCUCGCUAACUCUCUCAGCCAACGGCUGCUCGGCUCCCUCCACCCUGGCCAUCAAAGAGGAGAGCAAGGGAGACAUUCGCCUCCUCUACUCCCUCGCGCCGCCCGAGGGGCGUUUGGCCGAGGGAGGCAGAGAGGAUGCGAGCGGGGUCGUGAAAAGCGAAGGAGGUGAGGAGAAGGAGAGGGAGCGGGAGAAGGGCUGGGUCCUCGGCGAGACCAGGGGGCUCGGCGAGAGAGGAGGCGAGCAGGCCCACGGUUUGCUCUGGGUGCCCAAGGAGCGGAUGGGCCCCGAAAGAGGAGCAGGAAGUGGGAGCCCUUCUCUUUUCCCCUCCCCCCUCUCAAUGCCUUUUGUUUCAGCCAAUCACGAGGCCUCGCAGCAGAAGAGAGGCAUGUCUUCACCUAGCAUGGUUUACCUGGGAGACACCAAGUCCUUUUUGGGAGAUACGAAGCCAUUUUUGGGAGAUGCCAAGCUGUAUGGAGGUGGGAGAGCUGGUGGAGCCGGUGCGGGCGGAACGGGAGGAGGAGGAGGAGGAGCAGGAGGAGGAGGUGGGGAGAAGCAGAGCCAGAUGACCCAACAGCAGUACACAGGAGGAGGUGGAGGGAGCGGUGCAGGAGGACAGGAGGGGAAGGGAGGAGCCACGAAAGAAGAGUCCCAAUCCCUGCUCAGGCGGCGCAGAGGCAGCGGGGUUUUCUGCGCCAACUGUCUGACCACCAAGACGUCGUUGUGGAGGAAAAACGCUAAUGGGGGCUACGUCUGCAACGCAUGUGGUUUAUACCAGAAACUACAUUCGACGCCCAGGCCUCUCAACAUCAUCAAGCAGAACAACGGCGAGCAGAUCAUCCGGCGGCGAACCCGGAAGCGCCUCAACCCGGACUCGCUGACGGCCGAAAACCCCGCCCCCAAGCAGCAGCGCAUCGCCAGCGAGGAGCGCAUCAACGGGGAGGAGUCGGACAGGAGCUGCGCGUCGGUGAAAAACCAGCAGCCGUCGCCUCGCUCCCGCUCGCCGCGAUCCACCCAAGCCUUCUUAGCCAACCAAACCUUGGAGAUCCACCGGCGCAUGCCCCCCCUCCUCCUGCCCUCGCACGCCCCCGCCUCUAUGGUGGCCGAGGGCAACGGGGGCAUAGCCGAGGGAGGCAUACCCUCGAAGAUGGAGGGGGUGAAAGGGGGAGGGGGGUCAGAGAGAGGCAGCCCCAUCGAAAAGUACAUGCGUCCGUCUAAACCUUCCAGUUAUUCGCCUCCUGGUUCGCCCAUAGAAAAGUACCAGUAUCCCCUUUUCUCGCUACCCCUGCCGUUAACCCUGACCCCCGAUUUGACCCCCGAGUCGGACUGGCUCAGGUUCUGGACCAAGUAUAAGAUGGCAGCCGCCUCUGGGGUUCCUGGUAGCAUCAGUAACCUGAGCAGCCCCGGCGGCCUGGGGAAUAACGCUCAUUAUCUCGGUGCGAUGGUGUCUCCGGUACAGCAUCAUCAGCAGAGCUACACGGUGCCUUACUGCGCCUCUCCCUACUCCCCUCUUCCGCCCCCUCCGGCUCCGACUCACUACCCUCCCCCUCCCCUCCACCCGCAGACCUCCUCGUCGUCAUCGUCGUUGGAGAACGAGGCGCCUCUGGAUCUCGCCAUAAGACAGAGGGACGCUCACGUGUCGACGAACGGCGCCGAGAGGAGAAGGCAGGAGUCGCCGCUGGCCGAGAGGCAAAGGGGGAGCUGGAAGGGAGAGAAGGAGGAGGAGGAGAGGACAGACGACGGAGGGAACUCGGGUGAGGAGACGGGGAAGGAAGCGAAAGACGACUUGACGAAAUGUCAGUCGAACGUCCCGUCCCACCGCAAAACGGUGGAGGCGGCCACGCAGGACGACCUGACCAAUCGCUGCGUCCACUGCGGGAUCUACUUCCUCGACGAAGUCAUGUACGCCCUGCACAUGAGUUGCCACGGCGACAAGGGACCAUACCAGUGCAGUUUUUGCCUCCACGUGUGCGUCGAUCGGUAUGACUUCACCACACACAUACAGAGGGGCUUACACAGGUACACAGACAAAACGUCGCAGCAGAGGGGUCACGCGCAGGACGGCGGCGUCCAGAGCGCCGCCACCGCGCCGACGGAGUGUCAGGACGCGCCGGCGGAGGACAAAGACGGAGGCGGUAAUUAUGAGGUCACCGACGGCGACGUAAUAGGAGCAUGUCACGACGGCCAAGAUAAGGAGGAAGACGCAGGUAGCGACGCCAAUGACAAUGACGCAGGAGAUGAAAAGGAAGUAAGACCAGAGGAGCACGCCAUAACGAACCAGGAGUCAGGGGGCAAAGAGGUGUCGGACGCCCCCGGUGAAAUAAAAAAAAACGCAGAGGUCACGACUCACCAGUCCGUAAAGUUAGACGAGAGCACAGAGGGAAAUUAAACGAUGUCUCUGACUCACGCAAACCUUAAACAACGCGUUAUUGGAUGAAUAAGCUGUAUGCCUUCACGUUCCUGGAGGCUAGCUCAUGUCAAAAUGGGCCUAUCCUGGGCACUAAAUGGAACACAUCCUUAUGCUGGAAGCACUCGGCUGUCAAAUGGUCAAAAAAUCAUUGUAGGAUCCGGCUGGGGCAGUUUCGGAGAAACGGCCUGAAUCCCCGGUUGAGUGACAGUCACUUGACAGCUCCGUGGAGAGAUUUCAACGACGAGUCCGGGCAUGCAGCUGAAAUCCCCUUUAAUAAACAGCCACUUCAUGUGCUUUCCAUAUAAGUGGAUUGGAAGCUGGACUGAAAGUUGGACUGGCCAUAUUUAGGAUGAAUUUGAGGCUUGCCCUUCGCGUAGCCGCCAUAUAGCUGAGCAAAUAAAAUAAAAAGUAAAUAUAAAAAAAAAAAAAAAAACAUAAAAACUUAAAAAGGCCUGAAGCAAAACUUAGCUGAAUUGUUAUGCACCGUGCUAAAAAAAAGAAAGGAGAAAAAAAAGCUGGUUCAAACUCGAUGUACCACGCAGACUUUUAUUUUGGUACAACCAGAUCUGAUCUGGUUAGAACUGCUUCGUUCUUGCCCAGAGCGUGUUUUCAACAUGUUUUUCGUGCGAAUGGAUCAAAAACCAAAACAUACUUUGACUAUUUAAAGCUGGAUUGGUGUUAACUUUGGUACAGAAGUUUCUUUCCCUCGUGAAACGGCAGACUGGUUGGUUUCGAUUCGACCGUGACUACGUGAACUGCUUAAAGCCAGUCUGAACUGAUAAAACCGGUGUAACUCCGGACCGAAGUGUUCUCUUCAUCCAUUUGGAUUAAACCAAGUGACAUUAUUUUCUACCUUCCUCUGUGCCAUGAUACUAGCUACGUGCCUGGCUGCUUGCCUAAUAGAACAACCAUCUAUUAACCUGCUUAACAUUUAUAUUAAUAAUAAUGGUGGUAAUAAUAAUAAUAAUAACUAUGAUGAUGAUACCAUACAAAAAAUGCAAUUUGCUACACUCUCCUAUGUAAUGUUUUUUUUUCCUUUGUAAAGGCAAAUAAUGCUUUUUUUUUUCUUUUUGCAGGAAAUGGUACUAUACAAACUAGUUUCUUUGAGUUUUUCUUCUUGUUUUUGAGCUUGUUUGUAUUAUAUGUUCCUAAUGAGACUUGUUACGUUGAUAACAGCCGUCAAGCAGAAAUGGUACCGCAAAACUAAGGGGUCAGCGUGCAUGUGUGCAUUUGUGUAACUGCAUUUUUUUUCUUUUUUCUUUUUUUUUUUUGCGCGUAAAGGUUCAGAGGAUGCGUCCGUCCCCGGAUGAUGAUGUAAUCGUAAUGAAGGCUCAGUUUUUUCAGUCCUCAGGGGUCACACGUGUUGCACACCAGCCCGCCUGUUUCAUAGCAUGUGACACAUCAAUUUGACAUGUUAAAGGGUCUAAUGGUUUUAGCAUGUUUCAUAUUGUUCUCUUAUAUAUGUUCUUGUUGCGUUUUGUUUUUCUUUUUUUUUUUUUUUCAAUAGGUCAACAUGGUAUGUAACUUUUAUUUUCUGUAUGUCUACAUAUUGUUAGGUUACACAGUUUUUAGACCUAGGGAGGAACUUAGGGAGUAAAACCUGAAACUUUUACGGAAAGGAUCAAACGUUUGGGUUAACUGUAUAAACUUUUUUCUCUGUGCCGAGUCCACGGAGAUUCUUGCCUACAGUGUUUUAUCUCAUAUCGCUGAGAGUUCGUUAGGGUACCUCUAUGUAGCAUGUUAGCAUCAUAUCAAAUCUGCAAAAUAUGUUGCCUUUUCUAUGGAUGGGAACUGUUACAUGUUAGACCUAAAAAAAAAAAAAAUGAGAUGACAUUGUUUCUUUUUAUAAUUCAAUGAAGUAAAACUAUCAUGUUGCUUUCAACUCCAACCAACGCAUCGCGCACAUUUGCCAUUCAUUACCUCGUUCACUGCGUCUUUUUUAACAUGGAUAGGGAUAGUUCAGUGAAGUGGGGUCGUAUGAGGUGGUUAUCUACAGUCAGCGUGUUACCGACAGUAGGUGGUGCUUGUCGAGCCCCAAGCAAUGAACUGUUGUGAACAGGUCAGAAUCAUUUUUAUCCACUUUAAACAAGUCCUUAUCUGCCAGGGGGAACUGAGGCCAUUUCAGUGUUCUCUUCAAAGCCACCAGACUCCAUUGACGAAAACAAUCAAUUUACCUGACACAAAACACUGAAGUUACUGGUCUGCCUAUGUGUGACUUUGGCGUUUUAGUGCGUCCUUUUUGGUCAGAACUGAGCGUUAACACACCAAAGUCGCACAUUUAACUCAAACUAACUAACAAAUCAAGGCAGCGGUACACCAUUAACUCCAAAAGUCUGAUGUAAAAAGAUCUCUUUUUUUCAUCACUGAAGUCUGGUGGCUUUCAGUAGACUGUGGCUUCAGUAGGUAACGCAGCGACUGUGGAUAAUUACCUGAUACGAGCCCACUUCAAAUAAAGCCAAAUUAGACCUUUUUAGGAGAAGAUCCACCUGCUCCUCGGAACAACUUCAGUAACCGAGUCUCUCUUUAAACCAAUCUCCAGUCUUCGUCUUUGAGAAUAUCGCAACAGUCAAAGCCCCCCCCCCCCGCUCUUUAAAGUGGAACAACACGGCCUCAUUUAUUUUUGUACCGAGAGAAUGACUUCUCCAGCCUUGCUGCCUUAGUUGCUAGAAAACAAAAAGAAAAGGAAAAAAAAAAAGCAAACACAAAAAGGGACUUCUCCUGGAGCAAAUAACGAAAGGCCGGGGAAGAAAGAACAAACUAAAGAAUAUUUUUCUACGCUUAUCCAAAAGAAUGAAAACUAUUCCGCCCAGUGCCUGGUAACUUGUAUCAUUUUUUUCCCGACAGAUGUGCUGUGUAGAAAUGUUCUGUGAGCUAGGUUAGGAAGACGUUGAUACUGACUCCCGCGCGCCAAGUUGUCAUCGAUUCUGAUACUUAAGCAUAGCUGUCCGUCUGGUCGAUCAAACUUUUUAAUUCGCCCAGCAGGAGGACGACCCGCUUCCUGUUUGAUCUAGUGUGGUUGCUGUGCUGACUGUCUAGUUUCAGUUUUUACAUGUACGUACACUACUCUGUAGAAGCGUUGAGACGACAAUGCCAAGAAGGUGUUCUUUACUGUGUAUUUGGUGCACUUUGACAUAUCAGAGGACCGAAUCGUGGUAAAGGUGAAGCUGAUUGUUCUCUGAGAUGGUUAGCUUUAAUGCUAACUUUGUAGCCAUACCAGAUACACAGCCUAACAAGCAACUAUUUACCACGUCAGCCCAAGUGAAACCAGAUAACUAUCCAUCCUUACACAAUAUUAGCUGAAUCGGUUGUGUUACCGCUGGUACGUUUAAAGAUACGGGAACACCUCCACCUCGUCUUUACCUUGUAUGAUUGUGCUGCCCAUGUGACACGAGUGAAGACGUCUUAAUUUCAUUAAAGGUUGUUUUAUUCUCAAUCUUGGUGACCUGCUCCAAUCCUAUUAGUACUGAUCCAACGAUGCAAAGCUUAUUGCUUCUAUUCCAGGAAGUCCGUUAUUUUAAUGUGUUUUCAGAAUUAAUUCUUUGGGGGGGUACCUGUUGAGGGGCUGCUAGUCAAAUAAAAAGUGUUUACAUUUGUAAAUGUAGCAACCAGGGCCGCUUUCUUAAGAGACAGAACAAAGGGAGGGACGGGUGCAGGGACGCCCGCUGAGACGGACGGAUGUGCCUUUGAAGAGAAGGCGGCUGGAUAAAGGGAGGACGGGAUCAAAUGAUGCUUGUAGUGGCUGAUGAAAAGAGGUCUGCUUGAUGUACCCCGUUCGUCCCCUCUCCCUUGUUUCAUGUGUCUCUUUACCUCCAUUCAGCAUCACUUCUGUGCUUUUUUCAUCUGUUGGUCUUAAUGCAACAAUACCUCUCAUCUCGUCCACCUGCUGCCGCCGCCGCCGCUGUCCCGCCCGUAUUCCUCCGCCUCAUCCCCGCUGCGUCCGUCGGUAGAAAAGCUAAGGCGAUUUUAAAUGGGAGUCAAACUAAAAAAAAAAAAAAAAAAAGUUUCUUUACUCGAGGCCUCUGGUUAGCUGAAAGAAAUUCUUAGUAGCAGGAGAAGUUUUAAUAUUUGAUACAAACACAACUCCGGUUCUCAUCUUUUCGCGUCUUGUUGUCAAACUCUUCGUAGGGUUCCCGGAGAAACAGUUGGAAGAAGACUGUGAACAAAGAAGCAAACUAGCAUACCUUCCGUUAAAUCUGGGUUUACAAGGCACCUUGGCGAACUACACGGAUUUAGAUAGAUAUUAAAAUAUAUAGGAAUUCCGAAUCAUUUCUGAAGGGAAAUCUCGUACUUACAGACUUUGUGAAUGCAAACUUCUCAUGUGGAGAAACCUGUCAACCCUAAACAUGUUUUAUUUUUAUUUAAUUUAACUGCUCCCAUGUAAGGAUACCACAUUUCUAUUUAAAAAAAACGUAAGAAACUAUAGGAGAAUGUACUGUUCUUUUAGCUCCAAAUAGGCAAUUAUGGUUUUAGAAACUAGGUUCUGUGGGAUAACGUGGCAUGUCUCGGCUUUUUUUUUCUUUUCUUCUCUCUUUUUUUUUUUUAAACUUAAGUUACGACUGUAUGUUUUAGGUUUGAUGGCAUUUCAAAUCAGCGUUUACAUUGGGAGGCCUUAAUAAGUGUUUUCAUUUUUUUUGUGUCUUUGUCAGAAUGUUUUCUAGGAAAUGAUGCUGUCGCUUGCACUUCAUUUAUUAAGUUCUUAUUGCCAAGGAAGGAAGGGAGAACACACACAUACACACACACACACACUCACACACAAACACGCACACACACACACGUAGUGGUACGGAUUGAGUGUACAUUUUGUGGUGUACAGUGUUAACCAAGGCCAGUUUGUUAUUGGCCAGACACGCGCAUGCAAGCACACACAGACACAAACACGUCAAGUAUGUACAUUUAAUCGAUAUAUUUUAGUAGAGUUAUGUUCAGUCAAAUGGCUUUUAUAGAAAAAGAAAUGGGAUUUUUUUUUUCUUUUUAGUUUACGUUCUCUCUCAUGUUGUAUUUUAUUCUGCUACUUUUCUGUACGUUAUUCGUUUCUAGGUUUUGUUUCAUGCAAAAAUGGUAUUUCAACAACAUAUUUUGACAGCCAAGAAAAGUUUGUUACACAGCUAAACUUGAAGAAUAAUGAUGAUGAUGAUGAUGAUGAUAAUAAUUAAUAAAAGUAAUAACAAAUAUA